UUCUUCUGAAAAACGUAAAUAAAAAUGAGUCAAAAUCCUUGGUGUGAAUCUGGUGAAAGUGGAACAACAACUCAAACGACAUUCGAAGACAAUUUUACAUCAACAUCGGCUGAAAAACUACCCGACUCCGAGGAAUAUUUGAAAAGUUUAGAAAAGAAACUAAACAAAUUGAAAACCAACACCAGCGUCUUGAAACAAUUGACUGAUCGGCGGGAGGAGUGUAUGGAAAAACUGCUGAACGGAACGAUCGAUCUACCAACAAAUUCGGACUUGGAUUUCGACGACAGUAGCAAUCGACCAGUGUUGCAGUUAGUGCGUCACAUCAUUCCAGAACAAGCACUGAACACCACUGAGCUCGUCCACAUUAUCAAACACGAUCAUUUAGCCGCGACCGAAACAACCGAAGACGUCGAUCAGGCGGAGAACGAAACCGAAUCGAAAAACUAAAAAAUUUUCGUUGCUUGAGUGGGGUGAGCGAUCUCGUUUGGUUUUUCGUAUUUUUCUUAGUUUUAGUUGAAUCUCAAAACGGCAACCAUGGCGAAUGCAAUUCAGUUGAACAAGAAAAUAUUUUUUGUCGUAACGGGUGCGUCGCGAGGUAUCGGCCAAGCGUUGGCAAUUGAAAACGGUAGCAAAAUGCUACCCGGAUCGGUGGUUGUGUUGUUAGCCAGAAAUGGUCAAGACCUGGAAUCUACGAAGGAACAGAUUCUACUACGCAAUCCGGAAUUACAGGUGGAUACAUACUCAGUCGAUCUGUCCAAUCCGAGCGUCGACGAUAUCACCACCAAACUUCAGACUUCGUUGGGUAAAUCAGAUCAAAACUUUGAAUUGGCCUACAUUAUCCACAAUGUCGGUUCCAUUGGUGACAUUACGAAAAAAGCCAAAGAUCUCAACAACAUCGAACUGUGGCGACAGUAUUACGAUCUGAAUGUAUUCUCCAUUGCAACGUUGAACUCAGUCUUCAUGAGCAUGUUCAGUGCGACGAAAAAAUUUGUGGUGAACAUAACAUCGAAAUGUGGAGUGGCUCCGUUCGAAUCGUUUGCACUGUACUGUUCGGGUAAAGCGGCCCGCGAAAUGUUCUUCAAAGUACUAGCCGUCGAGGAGAAAAAUGUUUUGGUGCUGAACUAUUCGCCGGGACCGGUUGACACCGAUAUGACGAUUGAUGCGCAGGCCAAUUCUUGCUCGCCGGAUGUUCAGAAUAUGUUUAAGGGUUUGCGUGAUGCUAAAACGAUUUUAACACCGGUACAGACGACGAAACGAUUUUUGGAGAUAGUUGAAAAAGGAGAUUACAAUUCUGGCGAUCAUGUUGACUUCUACGAUUAGAAAACGGCAUUGUGCCGAUGAACAUUCCGCUUUUUUUAGGAACAUGUUUAUUUAACUGCUCGAAUCAGCUUUUCCUGGCAAUUAUUUUCGUUUUUUGUUUAUAAUUCCAUUCUAACUGGGACGGUUUACCAAAAAAAGGUCUCGGAAAUAAAAAAAAUUUCACACCAGCCGAGAUAAGACAAUCUCUCUCUCUGUCAUAUUUGAAUUUUUUAUGUUUUUGCGCAGUAGAUCUGUAUACUAGCAGCAAAUGAAUCUCAUUGAGAAAAUAGACGAAUGGGUGCAAUCCAAACAGUUUGACAAUGUCAGUUCGUAGUGUAGUUAAGUUUAAUGUGCUGUGGACAUAAUCGACGAUCUGCGUUUCUAAUUGGCUAAAUUGGCUAAAUGACACAUCAGCAAACUUACCAAUAAGUUGAUUAACAACAAAAUUAUCAACUUACUUAGCAUCACUAUUUGCUUCGAUUAACAUAACCUUGACCUUUUACUAUACACCUACUAGCGAACUAGUAGACAAGUUCAAAGUCAGAUGUUUGAACAAAGUUUAUCCCAAUAGUGAGCCUCUCUGAAUCUCUACGAAAUUUGGUGUUAACUCCAAGUUAAUAAUAAUUUCCUUAGACUAAUAAUAACUAAACUGGUAUUUCGAACGAAAAAAUGUGUCCCCAACAUCAGUUUGUAUAAGAUGCACAUUUCGUACGAUUUUACAUCAAUACAUGUACGCGUUGACGCUUCAGACAGUUCAAUUUGCCCAAUUAAUUAUGACGACAACAACAUACUACCAAACAUUUCGUAUUUCGUGUUGGGACCACAUAUUUUACAUAAUUUUGUUCGAAAUUUCCUCUAGGUAUAGAGUGUCAAAAGAGAGUAGAAAAUGUCACGUAUCACCCAUUGAGCUCAGUUAAAUUAACUGGUUUUGCCCCUGUUUUUCCGCUCUUUUAACGGGGUAGGGUAAUCUCGCACACCACACAAAUUCAUGGUGUGCGAGAUUCACCUCUAAGUGGUGAAUCUCGCACAG